AGCCAUCCGUGCGCAAAAGAGUCGGGGCGUCGGCAGCAGGAGCGACCGGGAGGAGAACCACAGACAGCCGCUGGUGGUUCCUCACGACUACAUGCUGUCCCUGUACUGGUCUCUGACCAGUGGGGACCUGAACAGCAGCGCGCUGCACGACGCGGGGCUGGCCAACACCAUCACCAGCGUGGUGGAUAAAGGACAAGACGAGCGUGGGCCACAGCUCAGACGGCAGAGGUAUCACUUCAACGUCAGCUCUCUGGAACGAGACGGGCUCCUGGGGGCCGAACUACGCAUCCUGAGGAAGCGCCUGUCUGACCCCCGCAGGGCCUCAAUGGGAUCCACAGCCGCUGACGGAGGCGGCGGAGGAAUCUCGUCCCCGUGCCUGAAGCUGUACACCUGCGCUUCAGGUAAACAACUGGCUGUUCUGCUCCAGACGAAGACCGCGGAGGAUCUGCUCGGCGGAGGCGGAUUCGGAGGCAAAUGGGAAGUGUUUGAUGUUUGGAAAAUCUUCAAAGGCUUCAAAAACCAGCAGAACCAGCACUCCCAGCAGCUGUGCUUUGAACUGGAGGCCCUGGAGCACAGAGGCGGUCGCCCCGUGGACCUGCGUGCUCUGGGGUUCGCCCGACCCGGCAGGACCAACAAGGAAAAGGCAUUCUUCCUGGCGUUUGGCAAAAGCAAGAAGCGUGACCUUUUCUACAACGAGAUCAAAGCGCGAUCAGGCCAUGACAACAAAACCGUCUACGAAUACCUGUUCACCCAGCGGCGAAUGCGCAGAGCUCCUGCUGCGAGGGCGGCUAAAAAACCUCUGCAGCAGCAGCCGCCUUCACUUCAGAUCCUCCCCCAACACCAGGUGGUGAAGAUGCAGACGAGGCCGCGGUGUCACCGGAGACGACUCCAUGUGAACUUCAAAGAGAUGGGCUGGGACGACUGGAUCAUCGCGCCGCUGGAGUACGAGGCCUUUCACUGCGACGGCGUCUGCGACUUCCCCAUCCGCUCGCACCUGGAGCCGACCAACCACGCCAUCAUACAGACCCUGAUGAACUCAAUGGACCCGGAUUCGACGCCGCCCACCUGCUGCGUCCCGACUCGACUCAGCCCAAUCAGCAUACUCUACAUCGACUCGGCCAACAACGUCGUCUACAAGCAGUAUGAGGACAUGGUGGUGGAGUCGUGUGGCUGCAGGUAGCAGAGAAAGGUGGGACAAAGAGCGAGACAGAAAGACAGACAGAUCCUGCCCUCCACUUUGAGGGAAGAUAGACAUGUUUGAUCAAACCUAAAAUGAGAAGAUCAACACUGAGCAAAACGGCUCAUAUCUCAAGCUGAUUGGGACCGAACUCACUGCUAUGCAACAGACAUUACUCUUCACACUCAAGUGGACUAUCAGACUGCAUACCAAAGACGGCUAGACACUGUUCAAGACUAAACAGAGAAAGAUGAACUCGCGGGGGUGAUGCUCUUUAACGCCCACUCACUGAAACUAGUGUAUGAUGUUGAUGGCGACGAGGAAGAUGCAGCCGAGAGAAGCCAAAAAACAACCAGAGACACUUUUGGAUUAAAGUUCUGGUCUCAUAUUAGACUCAAAACCGAUUGUUACUGCUUUUGUUUUCUCUCUUGAGAUUUGUAUCUGUGUUCUGAUUGAUGUAAAAAGUUUGUGUGUAACAGAAUUGCUAUUGAAACAUUAGAGAAUUAUACUCAAAAAUGCCCUUUUUUUCAGCACUUCUCUGCCAUUGUGCCCUUUGCCCAUUCAGAUGCAACAAUGAAGAGUAAUUUGUGUGUCUUAUCCAAGACUUUUUUUAGGAAGCAUGCAAAGAAUUUCUGAUGUAUAAAUACAGGCCAGUGAUGAAGUGCAUAUCUGACCUGCUCCAAAUGUGGGAAAGUUGCAUAAACUACUCUUCAAUAAAAAAUGUCUAAUUGUCCGAGCUCCAAACUCCUAUCAGUCCGAACCUCUGCCCCCCAGACUCUGUAGACUAAACUAUC